AUAUCAACUUUAUAAAUAACCUUCCGUGCGUUACUUUCCCACCGAUUGAGCAAAUAAAAUUCCUAAUAUUAGAUAGAACCAUCCCUGGAUCGAAGUCAGUUCCCUGAGAUGUCUGCGACCGUUAGUAGUAUUCAUCACAAGCUCGUGUCGCUGAUAAGUCGUGGUCAAGAGUUUACCAGCAUAUUUUUCUAUGCUCCAGCAAUAGGAAGUUGCCACUUGGAGGAUACUCUUGCCACAUCAACUUGGGGAUUACCUUUGGUAAUAUGGCGUUCGGACAGGACUGUGAUUCUAAAUGGAUUUAUCGGCGAGGGACUCUUGGUACUGGCCUGUCUUCCAGACUUCCAUUGGAGAGCUUUUAUGGGCAGUUUGACAAGGAGCUUAAAAUACCUUAGACAGGCCAGAAUACUCAUUGAGUUUAUGGAGGACAGAGAUGAAUAUUUAGUCGAUCAGGUUCUGGAGUUCUGUCUAAGUCGGGAUAUGAUUAAUGUCAAUGCCAUCUUCAAUGAUUUCGGGGAGACUCUGAUAGUAAGCAGCUUUGAGGCCUAUCCGUCCUUUGAGAUGGUGAAUCUAACUUUUACAGAGGACACACCAGUAACUGAUUUGUACCCAAAUAAGAUGUUAAACCUCCGAGGUGGUAGACUCCGUACAAUGCCUGACUACUCCGAGCCAAAUACCAUACUCUACCGAGACAAACAGGGUAAAAAGAAGAUCCUGGGAUAUUUGUGGGACAUCAUGGAGACAUAUGCUCGGAAACACAACGCCCAGUUGGAGGUGGUCAAUAAGUACCCGGAUGAAAGGCCUCUAAACUAUAUCGAAAUCCUGGAUGUGGCUCAAAGUGGAACUAUAGAUGUAGGUGCCAGCAUUCAGCCCAUGUCAAUGGGUAGCCUAGAUCGGGUGCAUGAGCUGUCCUAUACAGUGAAUCAAGCCAGUUGGUGCACCAUGUUGCCGGUGGAGAGGCAGCUUGAUAUAUCCGAAUCGCUUUCUAGAGUGCUGCCGUAUCCAACUUUUGGUUUUCUGAUUUUUCUCUGGAUUUUGCAUGAGAUGACGCAUAGACGAUGGCGGAGGCAUCAGAGGCUUCAAAGGAUUGGCUGGCUGGUGUUGGCCACAUUGCUGAGCUCUAAUUAUCUGGGCAGACUGUUACCUCUUUUCACGGAUCCCCCAUCUUUACCACCAAUCGAUAGCCUGGCUGCCUUGAUAGAAUCUCCAGUAAGGAUUAUCUCUAUAAGAUCGGAGUACUCUUCGAUUGAGUUUACACAGCGCACUAAGUACUCAGCUGCCUUUCGGCUUACUUUGAAGAGUACAGAGCUGAUCAGGUUACGGAAUUCCCUAAACACUUCUUAUGGUUAUACUGUUACUAGUGAAAAGUGGAAAAUUUAUGAGGAGCAGCAGAAGCGAAGUUCAAGGCCUCUCUUUCGAUAUUCCAAGGAUCUUUGUUUCUUCGAGAUGAUACCUUUCGGCCUGGUUAUUCCCGAGAACUCCCCACAUAGAGCUCCCUUGCAUAACUUCACCCUGUUACUCUCACAGUCUGGUCUUCAUGAUUUGUGGGUGGCCAGGGGUUUCUCCUAUAUGGUGAAAGCCGGUAAGAUCAACUUUACGGACUUUGGAAAGCGUUAUCAGGCGGAGACCCUUAACACUACGGAUCUCAGACAUGUCAUCGUUCUCUAUGGUUGUGGCGUGUUAAUUAGUUUAGUUCUAUUUACCAGCGAACUUUUUGUCAGUUGGGUAAACUAUUGGCUGGGCUUUUAAUUGUUCACGCGGCAAUUACGGCGAUGGCU